AUGGUUAUUGUCAACUUAAAAAUGUUCCAUACAACUAGUACGCCCGUUACAAAGAGGACCAGAGGAAUGGAGCAAUCCAUGAUGAACGAGAUGUCCCCCUUCCGGUUGGAGCAACUUCCAUUUGACCUGGAUGACCUCAGCCUCAGUUCCACCGACGUGUAUCAGAUGUUAACCCCUAAACAGAAAGGAAUGAGGCCCCUCCCAGUGGACGAGGACUCCGGUCUGGGAAUGGAAACGUUUGAUACAAUACAAGAAGAGUACACAGACCAAGACUUGUCUUUUGACAUCGCAAAACAGAUCACAGACACCCCAUGUUCUAGAAGAUCUUUGUUUGGUUUACAGAAGCGCCAUCGUAGAGACAGUAAGGGUUCUCCCUUAACCAAGCGCCGGAAGCACGUGACCAGCAGCAGGAAGCGCAUUCAGAAAUCCCUGUCUUUUGGUGACUGUCCCAGGAAGAGUCCACCCACUGACCAAAGUGAGGUUCUACAGUUUGUUGAACGAGUGACGCAGGAGGAAGAUUUGGUAGGCGACGGAAGUGCAACCCACUCUCUACCCACAAUACCCGGCAAACAUGCCGACCUUAAGAGCGUAACAAACGAGACGGUAUCAAAAUUAGUGAAUGGGGAAUUUGAUGACGUAAUUGGAAGUUAUCAGAUCAUAGACUGUCGUUACCCUUAUGAAUACGAGGCCGGGCAUGUAAAGAAUGCCCUUAAUCUGUAUAAGGAAAGUGACGCGGAGACAAUUCUCAGUUUCAAAGAGAACCAAGGAGACAAUGAAGGAAAAAGGCAUAUCCUGAUAUUUUACUGCGAGUUUUCGUCCGAAAGAGGCCCAAAAAUGUAUAGAAAUGUAAGGAAAGCCGACAGAGCCAUGAAUCAGGACCAGUACCCGAAGCUUAACUUUCCAGAAAUGUACUUGAUGCACAAUGGAUAUAAAUGUUUCUUCGAAAAUCAAAAGAGGUUUUGUGAGCCGGAAGACUACAAGCCGAUGCUUCACAAGGAACAUGCUCAGGAUUUACGUCACUUCCGGGCCAAAUCUAAGUCUUUCGCUGCUGGGGAGAAAAGAAAGAAAGCUAGCCGUCUUUCUUUUUAAUGA